AUGCACAAGAGAUGGACGCGUCGGAGGCUGCCGGUCCUGGUUUUCACCUUCUUCGUCAUCCUCUACGUGGAUCUUCAAUUACGCACCAGCGACGCUCCCAAACUCAGUGCCGUCCACGUUCCGCCAGCCGGUGCGCUCCACCGCGCCAUCCAGCAGGCUCCCUCCACGGCCAAGGACUCACAGAGGCCGGCCGGCAGCAGCGGAGAAGCUGGACACCCGACCACUGAGGGUGCUCAUGUCACUCAGCCAAAACUGGAGCAGGAGGACAUCUUCAUCGCUGUGAAAACCACCGGCAAGUUCCACAAGACGCGUCUGGCGCUGCUCUUGGAGACGUGGAUCUCAAGAACCAAGACGCAUACGUUCAUUUUCACAGACGCAGGGGACGAGGACACAAGUUCAGAAGGUUAUAACAUGGUGGUGACAGACUGUCAGUCCGAUCACAGCCAGCAGGCUCUGUCCUGUAAGAUGUCCGCUGAGUACGACAGCUUCAUGGCCUCAGACAAGAGGUGGUUUUGUCAUGUGGAUGAUGAUAACUAUUUGAACCCGGAGGCCCUCCUGUCCCUGCUCUCCUCCUUCCCCCAGGAAGGCGACAUCUAUGUGGGCAAACCGAGCCUGGACAAGCCCAUCAAUGCUCACGAACUUCUGGAAGGCAACGCAACGAGGGAGGUUCGAUUCUGGUUCGCCACAGGAGGAGCAGGUUUCUGUCUGAGUCGACGACUGGCGGAGAAGAUGGCUCCAUGGGCCAGUGGCUCCCGGUUCGAGCAGACGUCAGCGACCAUCCGUCUCCCCGAUGACUGCACGGUGGGUUUUAUCGUGGAGAAGAGACUCGGCAUCUCCAUGGUUCACUGUCCUUUAUUCCACUCCCACCUGGAAAACCUGCUGCUCAUCAAACACAGAAGUAUCGCACAGCAGGUGACACUGAGCUACGGGAUGUUUGAGAACAAGAUGAACAGCAUCGAGGUGAAAGGAAGCUUCAGUAAGGAGGACGACCCCUCCAGGUUUAAGACUGUCCACUGCCUGUUGUAUCCUCUCACCAGCUGGUGUCCCUGAGCUCCACAUAAAAAAAAAAAGCACAUUGGACAAACACGUCGGACAAGCGGCUGCCGGCCCCUCAUGGAUGAGGAGCUCUUGAAUAGUGAAUACUGAUGAUAUUCAUUGACGCCCACUCUUCUUCCCUGUGACUACAUCCAUACGACUACGUUUUCAUUUUAAAAACAUGUUUUAUAGAUGGAUUAUUCUGCGUACAGAAAAUACAACGAGGGAACUCACGUGCAUUGUUUCCAAACGUCUCAGUUCCUGCAAUGCUCCCCGGGUCGAUGCACGUUAGUUGCUCGGCGUGUGAAGCAUUUAAAAAUGAAAGCGUAGUUGUGUGGAUGAAGACUGAUGUUAUAGACUCUUUUAUAUAAUGAGAGGCUGUUCUAUGAAAUGAAAAGGAGCCUUCUCUUCGCCUCCGUGUCUCAAACAGACUGAUGCAUUAAUGCAUUGGUGAAUUUAUGUUAUGUUUGUUUGGACUGAAGCACUUAAGACUAAAACUUUGUCAGAAACAUUUGAGGUUCUUUUGUUGAGAAAUUGACAAAGUAAAAGUUAGAUUGUAUGUGUUUUUAAAUUGGUGUUAUUGUGUGUGUCUGUGUGUUGUGUGUGUGUGAUGAAGGGGAUGGUGUCCUUGUACCUGUGAAGUCUGCACACAAUGAACCAUUCUGACAUCUCUCUCCUUAUCCAAACCCUCCAUCCUCCCUCCGAGGCUUCUCUCGCCAUCCACCCCCUUCCCUCCACCCCUCCAUCUGUCUUCUUCCCUCCUCUCCUCUCUCCUCCCCCUGUCUCUCUGUUUACUCAGACUUAUACACAAUAGCUGUGGCUGCAUCUUCAAGGCCACGACUGACAGAUAAACCAACUUCCCCUUCUUCCUAGUUCCCUUAUUUUUUUCCUAUUUUACAUUAAAUAAAAAAAAAAAA